AUGCAGCCCGCCCCGGUUGGGGGAGCUCCCGACGGCAGAGUGCGACUUGCCCCCGAGGCCGAGGCGGUGGCGGUGGAUCGACGCUCGGCAGCAGACGCGGUCAGCGGCAACCCUGUCAGGAGGGUCACGCUGCGACCAGACGCCGACCAGCCCCCUGGCAAUUCCGAAGUGCCUCCGUGGAUCGAGAGGCCCCGAUCCCCCCGCCCGAAGGGGCGCGGCGGAGGAUCGAAGGGCGCGAAGGGCAAGGACGCCAAGGGAAAGCGCAGCAAGGGCAAGGGCAAGGGCAAGGGCAAGAAGGCCUAG